GCCUUCUCAACAGCAAGGACAGAAGCUAGGCAGCUGGAUAGCAGGGGAGGACGGGGCGAGGGGUUUGGUCAAGGUGGCUGUAGGCUGCAUCAUGUUCUCUAUGUUAAUCAUGUAGGUGAAGAGCGUGGCGAGCUGUGUAAAGUCAUUCCACUUUGAGUAGGUGUUGUUGGAGGAGAAGCUCGUUCGGUUCCAUGUUUCUCCAAAUGCAGUUGAGUUGCCAGUCUGCAUUUCAAGAAUCCCUUGUGUAACUGGAGGAAGCGCACCGUCACAGGCUUUCUCAUGGCCGGAAACGGUUGGGACCUGCCUCCUGGAGCCAGAGGUGCUGGGUGGCAGUGGUCUGAUGCCCCUGGACAGGAAGCUCCGCGAUGGAGUAACAGUUCUCUGCCCCAGCAAGGGGGUUCUGGGACUGUCUCUCCCACCCUUAAUUGGGAUAGUGGGAACGCCCUUCAUGUGCCAGCCAACAGGGGAUGGGACGCCGGAAGUGCUCAGGAGGCGGUCAGCCAGAGGGUUUCUGGUCGAGUUAGCCCUCAACCAAAUGGUUGGGAGUUGCAGGGGAGGGGAGGGGAGGCUCACUGGGCUGAUGGGGGCGGGAGUGCAAGGGAACUCUUGUCAGCAGCGUCAUUGGGAACCCCUGGUAACAGACCCAAGGGCCAUGGGUGGCAGGAUCCUAAUGCAAGGGAGUUUGUGCCGGCACGCGCUCCGCAUGCACAAUACCGUGCCUCAGGGCCUCUUCACACCCCGCCAGACACCCCUCACGGAAGAGGCUGGGAUCUCCCGCCUGUGAGCAUCGGAGUUGGGAGCUCCGCAGGAUGGCAGAGCCCGACUCUUCCUCAGAACAGUUGGGGCAGCCAGCACAGUAUCAGCCCCACGGCACGCCAGCCGAGCCCUCCCUCAGUCACGUGGGACGAGGAGUCAAUUCGGACGAGCAAAUCAAGGGUUGCUGCGGUUGCAAGAGGCGGGAUGGCACUUAGGCCCCCUGGAAACAGGACGAAGAGAGGCUCCGCGCCCGCAGCCCCAGUCUAUAAGGGUCCCAUUCCUACUAACAGAGGCUGGGGUUUUGAGAAGCAGACUAUGCUCAAGGUCGAUGACAAGCGCGCGUACGAGGAGUAUGAAUCUGACAGGUUGAGCUACAGGACCGCUGGCUCGGAGUUCAGCAAUCGCGCGUACGGGUAUGGCAACGUGCCACCAGAUGAUCCGGUCCAUGUGCCGAUGCAUCUAAGGGAAGCAGCUUACGGCGCAUUCCCUCGACCUGGUUCUGCUUCCUCUGUUGGCAGCGGAGGGAGGGAGCACAUCAACCCAGGUUAUGAGUCCCAGAUGAUGCAAUUUGAGCGAGGCCCUGGGUAUGGUUUGCCUGGAGGCAGGGGAGGUGGCUGGGCUGGCGGUCCUCCUGGUGGCCGAGGGGGUUUUGAGGGGGGCAGUUUUGCCGCGAAUCGCAGCAGGGGUGCGCCGUACCUUCCGGAGGGCAACUGGCCACACCCUGGCGAUGGAAGGGGUGCACCGAGUGUGAAUUCGAGCAGGUAUGAGGAUGCGAGCAGCCAGUUUUACAACCGGGGGGUGCCGCCAUGGGGCAAUGCAGGGCCCCUCCAGGGGUUUCGGGACCCCGAUUAUCCGAGCAUGGCAGGGAGCUCUGCAAUGGGGGUCAGCGACAGUGAGAGCGAUGAGCUGGACAUUGCGUCCGAUGACGAGCUGGAAGGGUUCGAGGGGUUGGCCAAGGAGAAGGAGGAGAAGGCAUACAAGAAAUACAGGAGAGUGUAUCUUGAGCUGCUGCAGGAGGCCAGCAAAGGUGACGGCGCCAAGGACCAGUGGAAGUGCCUGGUGUGCAAGAACCGCACCAAGUUCUGGUUCAACAGCCUGCACGCGCUGCACCAGCACGCCGAGACCAAGAAGAACGAGUGGCGCAUCCAGCACAGGGGCCUGGCCCGAGCCCUGCGCGAGCUUCUCAGCAGGGACCCCAUGGGCCCGCUCGGCAUCCUCCUCCCGCCUGUGGAAGACGACGACCAGAUCAUUGUGUGGCCUCCAGCGGUCAUCCUGCAGAACACGCGCGUCAGGAUGGAUGCUGACGGCCAUUGGAACGGCCUCGGCGCCACCGAGAUUCGUGACCAGUACAAGAGCUUCAACCCCAUGGCGGUGCGCCCCGCAUAUGGGCCAGAUGGUCACAAGGGCUGUGUUGUGGUCCAGUUCGCCGCCGAUCCGUACGGCUUCGACAAGGCGGUGCAGCUGAGCCAGUACUUCGAGAAGCAGAGCCGGGGGCGCGAGGGCUGGGAGUCCCAUGGAAUCCGCAGCAAGCGCUUUGAUGAGGAGGGCAACCUGCUUGUUUUUGGUUACCUGGCGCAACCAAAGGACAUGUGGCAGUUGGACAAGUUCGCCAAGGGCAAGAACGGCAAGGCGGGCCAGCUGGUCAAGUGGUGGACCGAGUCCAAGAAGGAGGCGGUCGACGACGAGAAGGCGCGCCGCGAGCAGCAGCGCCUCGCGGAGGCGGGCGAGGUGUCGCGCCUGCGCGAGAAGGCCGCCGAGGACGAGGGCGCGCGCGCGCGCGCGGAGAGCGAGCUGCGCGUGCAGAGCAAGAAGCUGCGCAACCUGCAGGAGCGCUACGCCAAGAUGGAGCAGCUGCAGCAGCAGCAAAAGGAUAAGCACGAGGAGGAGCUGGAGUCUCAGGAGCUGUUCUACGACGGCAAGUUCAAGGAGCUGGCGACGCAAUUCACGGCCACAGAGCAGGACGCGCUGGCCAAACGCCGCGAGCGGGAGGCGUCCGACGCCAAGCGCCUGAGCGCGCUCGAGACGCUCAAGGACGGGGCAGAGGAGGAGGGCGAGAAGGCCAGGCUGGAGAAGCAGAUGGAGUCGCUGGAGGAAGAAAUCGCGGCAAACCUGACGACGGCGAUCAACCACAAGGACGCCCUUGGCGAGAUGGAGAUGGCGCACACGGAAGAGCUGCUCGAGCUGCGCAAGAAGCAGCGCGAGGAGGAACUCGCACUCCGCCAGCGACAGCAGGAGCAGAAGGCCGCGCUGCUCGAGAAACUCGAGCUCAGCGCGCGCGGCUCCGCUGCCGAGGCAAACAAGAAAGACGGAAACGGGGAGAGCGCCAAGCUGUCGGCGGACGCUCCAGAAGUCACCCCGGCGGUUGUCGAGGGGGCAAAGAAUACGGACAGUGCGGGAGACGGUUCGGACGGCCCGAAGGUGACUGGUCCGAAGGACGACGACAGCCACGCGGAGCUGGUCGGGAAGAUGCUGGACGAGGUGCUGUCGGAGGGGGGUUCCCCCGACAAGGGCAAACUGUCCCCCCGCAAGGACAGCCCGCGUCCGGAAGCAGCCAAGCCGCCGACACCUGGCGCCGCUGAAACCGGGGGGGAGAUCGCGAGCCCGCGGCCGAAGCUGGCGGCGCCUCCCCUCGCCAAGGGGCCCCUCACCAAAUCGCGCUUUGUGGUUCUGGAGGACACCCCCGAAUCGGAGAAGACGGCGAGCAAGGCGCCGUCCGACAUGCUCCCGCGGACGCUGUCCCUGGACGCGCCGUCCGAGAACCUGACAGCUGGCGGCAGCCCGCAGGGGUUCCGGGCGUACAAGUCGCCCGGGCCCGAGCAGCAGGGGCUCGCGGAGGAGGGCCCCGCGAAGACGCAGGCCCUGCAGCAGGCGGUCGAGCGGCUGACCGCGGGCGGGGGGGAGAAAGAGGGGGCGAAGGCCACCCCCCCCCUGUUCCACAGGAGCAACAGCGCUGGGGGCGCGUUCCCGGGGGGCAGCAUUUCGAACGGCGUUUUGGACGCCUUUUCGGGCGGGUGGGAGGCGCCUGCUGCGUCCGCACUGGAGGGGGGGUCCGCGUCGUGGGCUGACGUGGCGAAGAAGGAGGAGGGGCGCAGCGGCGACGGCGGACAGCUGCCGGCGGGACAGCUGGCAGGAAGCUGA